AAACAACAAUCCUCGAUGUGUUUGCUCACUCUUCUGUAGCAGCAGCAGCAGCAGCAGCAGUAUUAGUUCGCAUCAUCUCUUAAUUACUUAAAACCCAACCCAGAACAAGGCUUUGAUUCUCCUGCAAUUGCAAUGGCUCUCCAUUUUUGACUUGCUUUUCCUCCUCUCCUCUCCUUUCUUUUUUCCUAAAUCCCAUUUCUUCAUGGCUCAAGCUCUCCCUUCCAAUUCAUUCCUCCUCAACUCAACGCCCUCCUCAAGGUUAACAACCCUCGGGAACCGCCGUCUCAGGGUUGUCGCCAAAAGGGCUGGACCUUUUCCGCCCUUCCGCCUGGGCAAACCGGCCGAUGACGACUCCGACGAACCACCCCAAGCGGAUGAUAAACCUUCCAACCCCUUCUCCUUCAAUUUUGGCAAAGUUUCGGAGAUGAAAUCUUUGAUCCCGACCUCUUCUUCUGGCCUAGCUUUUGGAAACCUCAGAAGGAAAGACCCCAGCACGGUGUUCGUCGCCGGCGCAACCGGCCAGGCCGGCAUUCGCAUAACCCAGACCCUGUUGCGGCAAGGCUUCACGGUUAGGGCCGGCGUGCCGGACCUCGGCGCCGCGCAGGAGCUCGCUCAACUCGCUGCCAGAUACAAGAUCAUCUCGAAUGACGAAUCAAGACGCCUCAACGCUGUCGAGUCCACCUUCGAAGACGCUGAAUCGAUCGCGAAGGCGAUCGGAAACUCCAGCAAGGUGGUACUCACCAUCGGCCUGGAAGAAAACGGUCCCACCGGAGCGGUCACCACAUCGGACGCUUUACAGGUCAUCCAGGCCGCUCAAUUGGCCGGCGUAGGCCACGUGGCGAUAAUCUACGACGGAUCACUCUCCGCCUCCACUUACAACGUGCUGGAUGGCAUCUCGUCUUUCUUCAACAACCUCUUCUCGCGGUCUCAGCCCUUGACGAUGGCAGAGUUCCUGCAGAAGGUAGUGGAAACCGACAUCGGAUACACGCUCUUGAAGGCGCGGUUGACGGAGGAUUUCUCGCCGGAGAGUUCGUAUAGCGUCGUCUUGUCGGCGGAAGAGAGCGCCAAUGCAUACGACUACAAAGUAGCCAAGUCGCAGAUUGCGUCUCUGGUGGCAGAUGUCUUCUCCAACACUGCAAUUGCAGAAAAUAAGGUGGUAGAAGUUUAUACUGAUCCAAAAGCUCCAUCGAAGUCCGUCGAUGAACUAUUCGGUGCAAUCCCUGAGGAUGGAAGAAGAAAGGCCUACGCAGAAGCUCUAGCAAAGGCGAAAGCCGAGGAAGAAGCUAGAAUAGCCAGUGAGAAAGCUCUUGAAGCCACAGAAGCAGCAAAGAAGCUAGCAAAAGAAGUGAAAAAGCUCGAAGAGCAACAAGUUCAGGCUUCUAAUCUUGCUGAAGAGGCAGAAGCAAAGGCAACAAACGCAGGGUCUUCAGUGGAAAGCCUCUUGGGUAGAGCAAAAGAGAUUGGUUCAGGACUGUCUUGGGAAAAAUUCAGCUCGCAGAUUACAACUGCAGUUCAAAAGCCCACCGAGAUGAAGCCCAAAGUGCAGAUUGCAACUGUGAGGGGACAGGCCAAAGCUCGAAUUCUGCCAUCCAAGAAAGCAGUUGUCAAACAGCCAGCCCCAAAACCAAAGGAGCCAUGGACUGUAAAGGCGAAAGAACCGGCAGAGUCCAAGGCAGAAGUGAGAAAAAUUUUUGGUGGGCUGUUUCAGCAAGAAACCAUCUAUGUUGAUGAUGCUUGAAAAUAGCUUUCUGAACUCAAUCUUUAGGUCUAUAAUUUGGUUUAAAAUCAUAUUAUUUGUAUUGAAUGGGUGAACCAUUCAGCAAGACAUGCCUAUGUACUUGCAUAUUUGUUUCAGGGAAUAAUAUUUAUCUUUUUCUGAGUCA